AUGUCUUGCGGAUCGGUGGGCGUCUUAUCGUCCAGCUCCGCGGGAUUCUCCUUCACGUCCAAUUCCGAUGCGUCGUGCGUUGCCUCCGUCUCUUCCGGAUGGAGACGUCUCCAGGUCUCCGUUAGAUUUUCCCGACGUCCGCUGACUCCCUCGGGUCGCCGCUGCCGGGACGCCAGGCCGACGGCGGUGCCCAAGCUGUUGGCUGCCGCUGCGGCAGUGGAUGAGGGAACCGCGGAGCAGUUCGUGGAAAAUAAUUCCAUCGCCGAUUUUAUGAGGUUCAGGAGAGGCAACGGCGAUGGCGAUGCUGAAGGAGUUGGGGAGUUGCAGACUGCCGUCGUUAGCUAUCGGAAGAGGUUUCCCUGGUCGCUUCUACGGCCAUUCCUUCAGGUGCUUAUUGUUCCUCUUUGCCUUUGCUCUCUGUUUGAUUCCUUGCGUCUUGUAAUCAUUGGUGGCCGGAAUUGUAUUUGUGCAGGUGGACUUGGUGUCGACAAUCCAUAUUGCAGAUAAAGAGUACGCCUUCUUGAACCGACGAAUAGUAUUGAUGAGUUCAUGCACUCAUUCUAGCUACCAAUAAGUUUUUUUAUGCCUAACCAGUGGACAUUCCACCAAUGAAUCAAUAAUGAGCCCAAUCCCGUCGUAAUAUUGAACCUGAUGGGAGAGAACAACGCAGAUUUGACUUAUAGAUUUAACCUGUUCCUGUUAAAUUAACUUCAGAAAUAUAAUGGCUUUAUGUGAUGAGGAUCCGUUUUCAGAUUCACUAUUAGUUGACAGAAAUAUGGAGCUGCUCAUUUUUUUUCUUCUAGACCAUUUUCCCAAAGAACAAAAUGACAGGUUAAUUAAAUAUUUCGGAUUUUAUGUCCGAAAAUAAUCUGCUACUGUAGGUCAGCCACAAACGCAUAGUAUUGGCUAUUUAUGUUUGACGUUCUACCUCGUUCUCAUUAAUGAUGGGUGCUUCCUCAUUGAUAGCAGUUUUUAGACGCCAAAAAUGAUAGAUUCGUGUAAAGCAGAAGAAACGCUCAAUAAGAGGAGAACAAACCUGUGGGUGUCUUGGGUUCCUCACAAUGCUAGAAAAUUUUCCUCCUUUUACGACCGUAUGAAAUCAGAUCAAAAUUUCGAAUGUUCAUUAAAUUUAUUUCACUUUUGUGAGUCAAUUUUGUGAAGCAUUUUGUAUUAACUUGCAAAGGAAGACUCAGAUAUGAAGCUUAAAUCUACAGGUACUUUGCGACCCUACAAAAGGAGCUGGAAUCAUAUGACUGUGUCCUCUAUGAGAUGGUAGCUAGCAGGGAGAGCUUAGAGAACAAGAAAAAUCAGGCAGCAUCAAAGAGAUUAAAAGCUUCUCGUUCCAAGGGAUUCAAUAUUCUUGGAUUCAUACAGCGGCAGAUGGCUCAGAUACUUUCACUUGAUUUCCAGCUGGACUGCCUCGAAUAUCAGGAUGAUACGUGGUGCCAUGCAGACCUUGACUAUGAGACAUUCAAAUCGCUCCAGGUGCUCUUUCUUCUUCUUUCUCUAACAUUGUUCUCUUGACUUGUUCCUGAUGCCCGUCAUCUUACUUCAAGAGCUUUCAGCUAUGCAACUCCAUAAAAUCUGUUGCUCAUCUCCAAUCUUGACUGGUCAAGAGUUAUGAGUUCUACGUCUAAAUGUUCUCUCUCUUCUACUUUGCAAGAGAGCCUUCCCAAAUACGUUUGUUCAGACUGCUUUCCACCUUUGACUCCUUAAAGACUGUUCACAUAAGAUAAUCACUGGGUGUCUUUCGCCAACUGGGCCACACCCACUUUCCCAGGUGAUCAUAUUGAAGCAAUUUUUUUUAAUCUCAUUCUUCAUCGCUUACAUUCAAAACUGGGCGAUGAGUCCUAAUCUCGCAUGGUUUCCAAGGGACGGAAGAUAUAAACCUCUUUUUUCCCUUUUUUUUUGGUUACCUAUCUCCGGUAUGCAUGUCACCAAAUCCAGUGGAUUUAUAAGAAGUAUUGCCAAUCCUUAACUUUUUGAGAUAUCCUCCAUCAGCGGUUCUCAAUGUUGAGAUAUCCUCAACAUUUGAUACAAAGACAUUUCUCCUCCAGAUGAACUGGAAGGUUUCAGCUACUGUGGUUUCUUCUUCCCAUAAUUAUCUAGUAUCCAAUAACAUAUGCUUUCAAAAAUUCCGAGAGUCGUUGAUACAAUAAUGGAAUGUGACACGUGACUUGUGAUUUCAGCAUAUAUUCCUCUCUCCAACUAUGCUCGAGAUGUUUAGAUUUAUGGCAUUCGACAUCUCAAUUGCACCGCUGAAUCAUAACUGGGAAACAUUUCUUUCAUUCCUUUCCUCCAGCUUGAGAGGGGUGAAAGCUUCUUCACAUUUGCGAGAGACAUGACUGUUAGAUCUACAAAAGCCUUGGUGCAGCCUGCAAUACCAGAUGAUCUUGAUCCCUGGAGAUCCAAGCUUCUUUGGGCUUCCCGGGUGUUACCUAUGCCGUUAUUUGGUCUUUUCAUCAUUGGCAGUGUCUGUACGCCAGCAGAAAACCAGGCUGCGGAGUACCCAGAGCUGGAAGCGUUGUCUAGACUGGACUUUGGAGCUGCUAUGAAGAUUUUCUUGGCAAGGCGUCUAACAUCUGAGUAAGCCUCCACACACUUUCUAUUUACAGUUUUCAUGUGAACUUGGAUUCAAGGGAUCGCACAUCCGGUGAUUUAGGCAGUCAUUCCGAAAAACAAUAUUCAUUAUCGCAAAUUAAUGGUCAUUUUAGUAUAAAAAACUUCUUUUCUGAGAUUUCUUGCACUCCCUGUCUGCUAGUAAAUGGGAAUCAGAAUUGAAUUGGAAGCCACAACCGUCAUCUUCUUUGUUUUCUUUUCUCUUUUCUUCUUUCAAGGUUCAAGGAGAUAACUUCGGCGAUUGAAGAGAAGUCGGUGAUUAUUGGAGAGAGGAACAGGGUGGCUACCGAGGCACUGAGGAGGGCAAUUGACAGUGGGAGUAACAGGAUAGCAGUGCUCUAUGGGGGUGGUCACAUGCCCGACUUGGGCAGACGUCUGAGAGAAGAGUUCAACAUGGUCCCUUCCAAAGUGCAGUGGAUAACAGCUUGGUCCAUUAGGAACAAGCAAAUCAGUGACCACUCUCUCCCCUUCCUCAGAACACUGGCCAAUAUCUCAGGAUGGCCGCUGAACAGGUACCAGACCCUGGCCCUCCUCAUCUUCUCUUCCGUCCUCGCUCUGGACCUCUGGUUUUGGGAGCUUUUCUUCGGCUCCGUGGUGAACUGGGCCUCCUGGGCCGCCUCUGAAAUUAGCAUCCCCAUCGACGCCACAGGGAUUAUGUAA